AUGAACGAAAACAGAAAACCCAAUAUCGUCCUCAUUUUGAAUGACGACAUGGGCUUUUCGGACUUAGGCUGCUACGGCGGCGAAGUCCACACUCCGAAUCUUGACCGGCUCGCCGCGGGUGGGCUGCGGUUUACGCAAUUUUACAAUACUGCACGCUGCUGCCCAUCCCGUGCCUCCAUGCUCACUGGGCUAAACCCCCACCAGACUGGAGUAGGGCACAUGAUGAGCGACGAUGGGCUUGAGGGCUAUCGUGGGGACCUCAAUGACCGCUGUAUCACUAUUGCCGAUGCCGUUCGAUCAGAAGGCUACGGCGCGUAUAUGAGCGGCAAAUGGCACAUUUCUCGCCACACCGGUCCCGAUGGGCCCAAACACAGCUGGCCCUGCCAACGCGGGUUUGACGAGUACUACGGUAUUAUCACGGGUGCCGCGAACUUCUGGAAACCAAAUACUCUGACACGCAAUAAUACCCGUAUUCAGCACGAUGAACUUCCCUGA